AUGCAGUCCCACGCGGAUGCAAUCGCUGAUACCCUGUCCCAAUUUGGUUGCGACAAAGCCUUCGGCGUCUCUGGAACUCAUAUCCAUCACAUCCGGAAAGCCCUAGAUCGCCCAGGCAUCGCAGUUUACGACUUUCGCCAUGAAUCCGGGGCUGCAUUUGCCGCAGCAGAGUAUUCUAUACAGGCUGACAAAUUCGCUGUUGUUUUCGUAACGAGCGGGCCAGGAAUCACGAAUGCCAUCACUGGACUCCGUUGUGCUCGUGAAGACGGAGCCCGCAUUGUCUUCAUUGCAGGGUUGACGAGUGAGGAGACCGAUCGAACAGGUCGUCGCCUUGUUCAGGAGACUUUUCCGAUGGAUGUGGAAGGGCUCACUGGAACAACUGUCUAUAGUGUACUCAGCUACUGUGUCAUCAUCAGAGGCCUAUUGGAUGUAGAGCGACUGCGUCAAACCUUGGUUCGGAUUAACCGCGAUCCUCUGGGUGGGGUCCUGGGGGUUUUCUUGACCGACGCGAGAAGCAAAUCACUCACACUACCUCUGCAAGAACCUCCGCAAUUUCAACUUAUCCCUUUCCUCUAUCCCCCCUCUUUAUCCACGGAAGCCCUUGCUGUCUGUCGCGAGGUUGCUGAGAGGUUUAAAAACAAGACCUGUCUACUUUGGAUCGGUUAUGGUUGCCGUGGUGCCUCCGCUCUUGUUAAACAGCUUGUGGAACGAUACGAUCUUCCGGUUAUUGUUACGCCCCGUGCGAAGGGGAUUUUCCCAGAGAACCAUCCUUUGUAUCGUGGCACAACUGGCUUAGGGGAAUCGGCGAAUCUCAAGCUGAGAACCAAAAGGCCGAGAGGCGUCCUUCUUCUAGGAUCUAAGGCAGCUGAGCUGAGUUCCAAGUUUAUUCAGGACGACUGGGCCAAUACGGACUUCUAUUGUGUUGGCCUGGAAACUUCCGAAGUCAAACGAAAUAUGCCCAAGCGUUCGAAUAUCAUUGAAGCUGAUAUCAGUCUCUUUAUUAAAGCCGUGUUGUUGGAGGAAAAGGGUACUGAACACAAAACGGAGUAUGGGCUCAUGCUAGAUGCCACUAUCCCGCCGGUUCCAGCUGCAUCUAAAGGACGGAUCCACAUAAAAACAGUCAUGUCUGUUGUUCAAAGGGUUGCCAUCAAUGAAAACGAAUGUUCGAUCAUCUCCGGUGCCGGAAACCUCUUCUGGACAGCCAAUUUCCUGAGGUUCCCCAAACAUGGGCUCUUUCGAUCAAACCUGGAUUCCUCUCCUAUGGGCCACGCUGUCUGCGGUGUUGUCGGCAUGGGCCUUGGGGACAAACACGCGGUGGCCAUUAUUAGUGCCGCAGCAAUGCUGCUGCAGUCAGAGGUAAGUACCGCUGUUCUAUAUGGAUCAAAUGCUAUCUGGCUAGUCAUGAGUGGAAUCCGGGCUGGAGGGGGUAUUCCGCCUCUAGCUUGCACUCCUCAUACAAACUUUGAGUUAUUGGCACUGGCAGUUGGAUGUGAUGGAUGUAAAGUUACGGACGAGGAGGAGCUGCGAAAAGCACUUACAGAAGCAUUGGCGAGAGAUGGACCUACUGUCAUCCAUGUUAUGCUAGAUUCUCCGCCUUGGCACCAUCCAAAGCUUGAGGAGCGUAGCUGA